AUGGUCCCCAACGAAGCCCCUCAAUAUAUGGGGAUUGUCCGGCUGCUUCGGCAUUUUGGAUGGACAUGGGUGGGGCUUUUUGUUGUGAACGAUAACACUGGAGAACAUUUCUUGCAGACCCUGGAACAGUACUUUUCCCGGAAUGAAAUAUGUGCAGCCUUCACAGAACGACUCCCACAACAAGCACAUAUGUAUGAAUGGGACAUUAUUUAUGAUAUCGCCUCUAAUAUAUAUGCUCAUUUCACAGAUGAUAAUAAAGCCAGGACUUUCAUUCUGUAUGGAGAAAACUUGACCAUUACAUGGUUGAAAACUGUUAUGUUUCUGGGAGAUCCUGCAAACAAGAACAGCACAGUGUUUGGAAAGGUGUGGAUUAUGACAACACAAAUAGAUUUCAUGCUAACAGGCCUUCAAAGAACCUGGGAUUUUCAGCUGUUCCAAGGUGCCAUUUCGUUCACAAUUCACUCAAAAGAUCCAUUAGGCUUCAAAGAAUUUAUUCAGACUGUAAAACCUUACUGGAAUAAGGGAGAUGGCUUCAUUAAAGAUUUCUGGGAACAAGCAUUUGACUGUUCAUUUCCAAACCCUGGGAUGCCAACAAGGGCAAAUGGAAGUUGCACUGGGGAGGAGAAGCUAGACAGUCUUCCUGGAUCUCUGUUUGAAAUGGGCAUGACUGGCCACAGCUACAGUAUCUACAACGCUGUCCAUGCUGUGGCUCAUGCUUUGCAUUCCAUGUACUCAUCUAGAUCCCAGCACAGAGCAAAGGGGAACAAUGGAAGAGUUGAACUUCAGGAUCUGCAGCCGUGGCAGCUCCACUCAUUUCUUCAAGGCAUUUCAUUUAACAACUCAGCAGGAGAAAUAAUGUUAUUUAAUGAUAAAAGGGAAGUGGCAGGAGGAUUUGACAUUGUGAACAUGGUCACAUACCCAAACAGGUCCUUCCAGAGAGUGAAAGUUGGAAGUGUGGAUCCCAGUGUCCUUAAAGGAAAAGAAUUUGCCAUUAAUGAAGAUCUAAUCGUAUGGCACAGAGUUUUUAACCAGACACUUCCUGUUUCUGUCUGCAAUGACCACUGCCAGCCUGGUUAUCAGAAGAAAAGGAAGGAAGCGGAAAAAUUUUGCUGCUAUGAUUGUGUGUCAUGCCCUGAGGGGAAGAUUUCAAACCAGAAAGACAUGGGUUACUGUUUCCAAUGUCCAGAAGAUGAAUAUUCAAGCAUGGAUAGAAAUGGAUGCAUCCCCAAAACAAUAAACUUCCUGUCUUAUGAUGAAACUAUAGGGAGCAGUUUGGCUUCAGUUGCUAUUUCUUUUUCCCUGAUCACAGCUUUGGUAUUAGCAAUUUUUAUUAAGCACAGAGAUACCCCGAUUGUCAAAGCCAACAACCGGGACCUCACCUACACACUCCUCAUCUCCCUCCUGCUCUGCUUCCUCUCCUCUUUGCUAUUCCUUGGCAAACCUGUGAAUGUGACCUGCUUUCUCCGACAGCCCGCUUUUGGCACCAUCUUCUCAGUGGCUGUUUCUUGUGUGCUGGCAAAGACCAUGAUUGUUUCUCUAGCAUUCAUGGCCACAAAGCCUGGAUGGAGGAUGAAGAAAUGGGUGGGUAAAAGACUAUCAAACUCGAUUGUCCUUUCCUGCUCACUCAUUCAAGCAAGUAUUUGUACUCUCUGGUUGGCAUCCUCUCCACCAUUCCCUGAUUUAGAUGUGCAUUCAGUAACUGAAGAAAUCGUUGUGCAAUGUAAUGAAGGGUCAGUUGCCAUGUUUUACUGUGUCCUUGGCUACAUGGGCCUCUUAGCCUUUGCUAGUUUCAUUGUGGCAUUCCUGGCCCGCAAGUUACCAGACAGUUUUAAUGAAGCCAAGUUCAUUACAUUCAGUAUGCUGGCAUUUUGCAGUGUGUGGGGCUCCUUUGUUCCAACCUACCUGAGCUCAAGAGGAAAAGACAUGGUGGCUGUGGAGGUCUUCUCCAUCUUAGCCUCCAGUGCUGGGUUACUGGGUUGCAUCUUUGCCCCUAAAUGCUACAUCAUUGUGCUGAGACCUGAAUUAAACAGCAGAGAGCAACUAAGGAGAAAGAAGUAA